CGACCUCGCCAGAGCUGGGCCCUAGGGAUGAGCCAUCAGACCCGGUUGGCUAACUUCCGCUUCCGGGGCGGCAGAGCGGCGUCCAGUGGCAUGCUGUGAGCACGCACGCCCGUGGGUGCGGCGGUGGGGAUCGUGUUAGGCAUCUUGGAAAUAUUGCCAUCAUGUCUGGCAUUCAAGAAGCUACCAACCAAUUCCUUGAUGUAACCCUUCAUGAUAACCAGAGGUCUGUUCCAAGGGCAGAAAGUGACAUCAGAAGUGAGUCUGAGCAUCUCCAUGUCACCAUUGGAGCCACUGUACCUACUGGCUUUGAGCAAACAGCUGCAGAUGAAGUGAGGGAGAAAUUGGGAUCAUGGUGCAAAAUCAGCAAAGACCGUGGCAAGAUAUAUUUUGACAUUGCUCUGGAAAGUCUGCCUCAGGUUCAUUGUCUGAGAUCAGUUGAUAACUUGUUUGUGGUUGUUCAAGAGUUUAAAGAUUACCAGUUCAGAAAUACAAAGGAAGAAGUUCUAAAGGAUUUUGAAGACUUGGCUGCAAAACUCCCAUGGUCAGAUCCUUUAAAAGUGUGGACACUUAACACCAGUUUCAAGAAGAAAAAAACAAAGCGCAAAAAGAUAAGCCAGAAUUCAAGUAAAGGAAAGCUUGAAAGUGGACAAGGUGACAAAUUUGAUGAGAAGGAUGGUCAUGAAGAACCUGGCAGGAAUGCUUUGGAUUCACAUAUCUUAGACUACUAUGAAAACCCGGCCAUCAGAGAGGAGGUCUCAACAUUAGUAGGUGAUGAUUUGGCAUCUUGCAGUGAGAUUGAUGGAAGCCCAAGAGAAGAAACUGAGCCACAAGUGCGGAAGUUUAGAGUUACAUGCAACAGAGCAGGGGAGAAACACUGCUUUACCUCAAAUGAGGCUGCAAGAGAUUUUGGGGGUGCUGUACAAGAUCAUUUUAAGUGGAAGGCUGAUAUGACCAACUUUGAUGUGGAGGUUCUCUUGAAUAUCCAUGACAAUGAAGUCAUUGUGGGCAUUGCAUUGACUGAGGAGAGUCUCCAUCGCAGAAAUAUUACACAUUUUGGACCUACAACUCUUAGGUCAACUCUUGCCUACGGGAUGCUCAGGCUCUGUGCACCUCAACCUACUGACAUAAUAGUUGAUCCAAUGUGUGGAACAGGGGCAAUACCAAUAGAGGGGGCUACUGAAUGGUGUAACUGUUACCAUCUUGCUGGUGAUAAUAAUCCCCUGGCUGUGAAAAGAACAGCAAAUAACAUCGCAUCUUUAUUGACCAAGAGCCAAAUCAAAGAAGGCAAAACAUCAUGGGGCUUGCCUAUUGAUGCUGUUCAGUGGGAUAUCUGCAACCUACCAUUGAGAACCGGUUCUGUAGAUAUUAUUGUUACAGAUAUGCCAUUUGGAAAAAGGAUGGGCUCCAAGAAGAGAAACUGGAAUCUUUAUCCAGCAUGUCUCCAGGAGAUGAGCCGUGUCUGUAGACCAGGGACAGGCCGAGCUGUAUUACUUACUCAGGACAAGAAAUGCUUUACCAAGGCAUUGUCAAGAAUGGGACAUGUAUGGCGAAAGGUUCACACUGUCUGGGUGAACAUAGGGGGUCUUCAUGCUGCAGUUUAUCUUCUGAGACGUACACCUCAAGCUUUUGUUCAUCCUUCAGAACAAGAUGGAAAAGAACUCGGUAAUGCAAAGAAUGAAGAUGACCAAUAGUAUUUAAUUCUUAACACUGGAAAUGUUAACACACAAAGAACUUGACUUAGGAAAAAAAUAGAAAAGUCUUUUAUUUAACCUGUAUUCCAAGCGUAUCAAGAGAAUAGACCUUUCCCAUGGAACUGUUUGAGGUACCUAGCUAGGCAGUUAACAUUGCUUUAAAGAUUAUGCUCAGGACUAAGUGUUAGAACACUUUAUUCAACAGCCUGUUUUCCAGUGUAGCAAAUGGAGAGGACAUAAUCAUAGACCAUCUAUUUUUGCCUUUGUAGCCUUGGAUUUACUUAGUAGAAGUUCUUUACUUCAGCCUCCCCCACCCCUAAAAAAGGCAUUAUUACAUUUUGUGAAACCCCAAGAUGAAAUCUUAUAAAACCUGUAGGAAAGUUUAUCAUCUGUCUUAAUAAUAUAUACAUGUUGUUUAGGUUAAUAUACAGACCUAAAAAGAAAAGAGGGCUAGGGCUUACUAAAAGGUUUGUAAACAUACUUUAUUAGUAUAGGACAUUUCUGUUUUAUGAAAAGCAGAAACAUUGAUAGGUAUGGGCAAAUUAAAGGAUUUCUUUUAGUACACAAAGUUGUUACUUUUCAAGGUGUCAAAAAGUAAACCUGGUCAAUUUUC